CAAUGCUUCUCCUCAUUCUAAGAUGAAGUUAUGGAAGUAUGCUGCCAUCGGCCUGAUUCUCUGUGGUGCUGCGCUUCUCCUGCUCUUCCAUAAAACCACUCCCUCUUCCCGAGCCCCAGCCCCUCCUCCCAACCACAGAGCUUCAUCCUCAUCACUUUCACCUUCAUCAUCUUCAUUUACACCCAGCAGUUCGUCGUCUACUGUUGCGGUAGGUCGGCGGCAACGAAGGAUCAGAUCGGCUGACGGAGGAAACUCUCUUGUAUCAGAAUUCAUGAAGAUCUUCCAGAGCUUCACAGAGGGUGAGUUGAAGCAGGUCAUCGGGACACUGGUGGAAAGGAAAGCCCGCAGAGAUGCCCAGCAGAGCAAAAGGACUAAACGUGCUAAAAAGCGAGCCAAACCCUGCUCGCUGCGGGAGGUGGAGGUGACAGUCACUCAGCUGGGGUUGGGCUACGUCAGUGACGAGACUAUAGUCUUCCAUUACUGCAGCGGAAAGUGCACUACUAGUCGGAAAAACUAUGACCUGACACUGGCAUUCAUGAAGCGCUCGCGGCUGCUAACAAAGGAGCAGAAGGACAAGGCUCGUCACAGCCCCUGCUGUCGGCCCACCGCAUACGAAGGAGACGUCUCCUUCCUCGAUAACGCCAAUAAAUACCACACAAUCCAAGAGUUCUCAGCCAAAGCAUGUGGAUGCGUCUGACGUCGAGGGUCAUAGUAUGUUUUAAUCUCUGAAAACUACAGACCCUUGAUUCCCGAGAAGAAAAUCUUCUGGGUUUAAAGCACUGAGGCAAGAGAAAAUAAAAAAA